UAGUUUGUCUGUUUUAAAAUUUUGGCACUUUCAUUAAAAGAUCGUUAUUUUUAUUUGUUACUACAAUGGAACCACCUCCCUCCCUCAAACCCCUUAAGAAAUUUUUGAACUUGGCGAAUGCGAUGCAAGAGGAGGAACCGCUCAUAGCCUACUGCUGUAUGUCGCAGUUUUUUUGGUCUUGGGGAACCUACGCCGCACAGCUAGGAAUUGAGCUAAGGUCUAAGCCACAGCGUCCAGAAGAGUUGGCGUUCUUGGCAAAGAUCAUGGACACACUUGAAAGAGACAAACCAUCUAUAGAUAAGGCGUUUCCCAACAACCGAACCGAUUACGUCAAAAAUUUUGCGUUGAAAGUGUUUGAACUUGCCAAGGAGAGCGAGGGGACGUCAGAAACGCUAAGUACCAAGAAUGGCCUUGCCUAUUUGCAUGCGAGCAUACUCAUAGAAUCGCUGAAGCAAUUUGAAGGUGUCAUGACAAAAGAAUUUGAAGAUAUGGCAAAGUAUGCGAAAUGGAAAGCUGCCGAGAUUACCAGAAAUCUUAGAGAAAGACAUGCACCUUCUGAUAGCAGGAUGGCCCCGAUUAUCCGGCCAUCUGCUGAUCCAUCGCCUGCUGGUCUGAACCAAAAACUGGAGAGCGAUUUGAAGGGCGUAUCAAAUCCAUCGCUCUCUAUUAUCUCUGCUAACACCUAUAAAAAUGAGGUACCAGAUCAGCCAAUCAAGGGAACCGUGCAUCUUGGGUUCGACGGUACUAAUAAUACAGACGAUCUCUUCGCAAAGCCAAUGAAUCCAACAAAUCGCCCUUCGUCUGCAAUUGCCACUGAGCAUAAAAAAAUUUCGGAAAGACCUGUUCACCAAGUACGCUCAACGUCAGUUACGAAGCCCGUAACGAUGCAAGAAAUAGACGUGAUUCUCGAAGCAAGUAAGCAUACUCGAAGUGCACUCAGCGCCUUGGAAUUCGACGACACCGAUGUGGCCGUACACUAUCUUCACGAGGCUCUUAAAGUAUUGACAGGCAAAAAUUAUGAUUAAACUUACCUUCGUAUGUUCGUUUCUAAUCCUAUCUAUGCACAUAACAAAUGAGUCGUCUUCGUUUUAUACAUUUUAUAAAGAUGUGUGCCCCAUACUACAAAAAAACCGCUCAGUGAAGUUGGGGUUCCUUUCUGAAGAAAGGACUCAUCUCUUUUUCUUCGGCAAUGGAUCAUGUGGCUGGUAAGAUUUCGGACUACUCCAAUUUGGAGCAGAAUGUGAGCCUAUAGACGAAGAAGCUGCAUUGGCCAUUGAAUUUAACAGAGCAGAUGAUUUUUUAGUCUGCAUUUCCCGUACAAAGUCAAUCGCUGACCUUCUUCCCGGCUUCUGAUUCGACGCUCUCAUCCUCUCUCGUUCCUCUUGCAUUUUUACGAUAUUCUCAUAGUAGUCGCACUCCAAGAGUUGAUCAGGAUUGCACAGGUGCUUGGGAUAGUUGGUGCCAAACUCGUUGAUGUUACACAAUUUUAUCAUCCCUGUGAGCAAGUAAGGAUUAUAAAACUCUUUGGUGUCGCGCAGAUAGCUGUUGAUGCUCUUCUGGUUUUUUUUGGUCCACUCUAAAAGCUUGAGGAUCUGAUCAACCUGUGCGGCUCGAGGGGGCUCAGAAGGUGGGGGGAUAUGAUGCCAAAAGUUUUUUUUGCAGCUGGAGGGAGUGGACGAAGGGAAGUCGGUGGAACAGUGACUCGGAGCAUCAGAAGUGUCCGAGAGAUCGACUUUGUCUAGGUUGGAGGAAUUCUAUUUGAUGGUAGUAUGCACAAUAAUUUUGUCAGGAUAACGAGAAAAAAAAAGUAAACUGCAAAGUGCAUGCGA